AAUUGAUAUGUAGUAGUGGGUGGAAAGUAUAAAUGGUGAUGGCGGACGGAAGCACAAGUUCAGAGAAUUACAAGAGGAUUCCCAACAUCGGCUUCACAAACCUCUUCAUCAAUGGAGAUUUUGUUCAUUCCAUUUCAGGAAAAACGUUUGAGACAAUAGACCCGAGUACAAAACAAGUGAUAGCAAAUAUCGCACAAGGAGAUAAAGAAGAUGUUGAUUUAGCAGUAAAAGCAGCUAGACAAGCUUUUGAUGACGGUUGUUGGCCUCGCAUGCCCGGAUAUAUGAGGGGGAAAAUAAUGAAUAAAUUCGCUGAUCUAAUCGACGAAAACAUUGAGGAACUAGCGCUACUGGAAACCCUUGAUGCGGGUAAAGUUUUUAGCUUUGAGACCACGGUCGACAUUCCUAGUAUAUCAAAAGAACUCCGCUAUUUUGCUGGCGCCGCAGAUAAAAUUCACGGAAAAACUUUGAAAUUGUCUAGCGAGUUUCAAGGCUAUACUUUGCUCGAACCCAUUGGCGUAGUUGGUCUUAUCAUCCCAUGGAACUUCCCUAGUGCCAUGUUUAUUCUUAAAUGUGCACCCGCUUUAGCCGCCGGCUGCACGAUGGUCGUGAAGCCUGCAGAACAAGCACCCCUCCCAGCUCUCUACUUGGCCCAUUUGGCUAAACUCGCAGGGAUCCCAGAUGGUGUUCUCAAUGUUGUGACAGGAUUGGGACAUAUAGCAGGUGCUGCUGUAGCCUCACACAUGGAUAUAGACUCUGUUAGUUUCACGGGAUCAACAGAAGUUGGACGACGAAUUAUGCAGGCUUCGGCCACAAGCAAUUUGAAAACAGUCUCUCUCGAACUUGGGGGUAAAUCCCCGCUCAUAAUCUUUGACGAUGCAGAUGUUGAUCAAGCCGCGGAUCUUGCUCUCUUUGGGAGUCUUGCUAAUAAGGGAGAAAUUUGUGUGUGUAGUUCGCGCGUAUUUGUUCAAGAAGGGAUUUAUGAUGAACUCAUGAAAAAAUUGGUUGAAAAGGCAAAAACCUGGAUCGUCGGGGAUCCGUUUGAUCCUUCCACUUGUCAAGGACCACAAGUUGAUAAGAAACAAUACGAGAGGGUGCUUUCGUACAUUGAUCAUGGAAAGAGAGAAGGUGCAACGUUGCUAAUCGGUGGUAAGCCUUGCGGAGACGAGGGAUAUUUUAUAGAGCCAACAAUCUUUGAAAAUGUAGCGGAUGAUUCGCUUAUCGCAAGGGAUGAAAUCUUCGGUCCGGUAAUGGCUGUCAUGAAGUUCAAAACGGUUGAAGAAGUGAUAAAGAGAGGGAAUGCAACGUCAUAUGGUCUAGCGGCUGGGAUUGUGACGAAUGACUUGAACAUAGCAAAUAGGGUGUCGAGAUCGAUUCGGGCUGGUAUCGUUUGGAUAAACUGUUACCAUAAUUUCGAUUCAGGAUGCCCGAUCGGAGGAUACAAAAUGAGCGGGUUCGGAAAAGAUCACGGCAUGGAAGCCCUACAAAAGUAUAUAAAAACGAAAGCCGUUGUCACUCCCAUUUAUGAUUCGCCAUGGUUGUAAUAAAUAUCGUUUUAUUUCAAGGAAAUGGCAUGGAAUAAAUAUGUAAUUGUUUGGGCU